AUGGUAAGUUUUCUAUAUAUACCCAUAUAUCCCGGAUUACUUUGGGGACUCACACGCUUUAUCUUAUCUUUGCAGCGCUCCUUCGCUUUUGUGGUCUUCACCUUGGCCUCUGUGGGAUUGGUCACCCCGCUGAGCAACUCCUACCUGCCACCGAAAGUGGGUGCCCAAAGUGGGUACAGUGCAGCGGCCUCCAGUUCCUCGGGAUCUUAUGCAGCUCCGGCGGCCUCCUAUGCCCGUAGAGGUCACUCUGUGGCGGCUCCAUCCAGGCAGUACCUAGCCCCAGCUGCAUCAUCUGCAUCCCAUGGUAGCUACAGCUCGGCUGGCUCCUCCUACUCCGCUCCAGCUGUAUCCCAUGGAUCCUACUCCGCUCCAGCUGUAUCCCAUGGAUCCUACUCCUCUCCAGCCGUAUCCCAAGGAUCCUACUCCUCUGCCUCCCGUACCAGUUACUCCGCUCCCGUGGCCACUCCCUCCAGGCAGUACUUGGCUCCGUCGGUAGUUUCCCAUGGCAGUUACUCCUCUCCCGUGGUUUCCCACAAGAGCUACUCCGCUCCAGCCGCAUCCCAUGGAUCGUACUCCUCGGCAGGAUCCUCUCAUGGCUCCUAUUCGGCACCUUCGUCUUCUUACAGCUCUAGUUCCUAUUCCGCACCAGCUGCCUCCCACACCAGCUACUCCGCUCCUGUGGCAGCUCCUUCCAGGCAAUAUCUGGCUCCAGUUGCCAGCUACAGCUCCGCCGGAUCGUCCUACGCCAGUGCUCCAGCUGCAGCCAGCUCCCAUGGAUCCUAUGCCGCUCCAGCAGUCUCCAGGAAGAGCUAUGCCGCCCCAGCCGUCUCCCAUGUGAGCUACUCGGCGGGUUCCAGCCAAGGAUCUGGCUACGCCGGCAGCCAGGGAUCUAGCCAUGGAUAUGGAUCUGGACCUAGCCAUGGAUAUGGAUCUGGAGCUAGCCAAGGAUAUGCAUCUGGAUCCAGCCAUGGAUAUGGAUCUGGAUCUAGCCAUGGAUCUGGCCUGCGAUCUGGAUCCAGCUUCGCAUCGGGACACAAAUCGGGUUCCUACGCUUCCAAUGGAGGCUACCAGUACCGCCUGAAGCAUUAA